AUGAUUAGAGGAUAUCCUUCUAAGCUUCAAAUUUUAUCUUCUUCAAGGAUCCCACAAAGACAUUUUUUGACAAAACAAAGGACUUGUGGGGUUGAAUUGAAAAGUAUGAGGUCAUGGCAUAAGGAAUGGUACCAUAGAUUCAUGUUGAUCAAGGCCAUUUUUGUUCUCAUCAUCAUUCAAACACUUGACCUGUCUAUUGGGCUUCUUCGCAAUCUUAAGUGGCUUAAUCUUGAGAGUUCAAGACUUGAGUAUCUUCCAAAGGAGUUACCUAGCCUAACAUCUAUUAAGGAGCUUAGGAUUUCUGGCAGUGGACCAAAAGUUAAGAAACAUCAGCUACAUGUCUUGUUUGAUGGCCUACGAUCUCUACAAAUACUACAUUUGAAGGAUUGUAAUAACUUGUUUGAACUCCCUGACAACAUCAGUGUCCUAUCAAAAUUACAAGAACUAAUUCUAAAUGGAGGUAACGUGAAAAGGUUGCCGGAAAGCAUCAGGAAUCUUCAAGGGCUAGAAAUUCUGUCAUUGGAAGAAUGCAGGGAGAUUCGAGACAGCCUGAAUUUGGAUGGGCGUUCACUCAAACAUAUAAUGGAAAGUCUAAAUUUAACAAUGAUGAGCGCUACAUUUCAAAAUGUGUCUGUUAGAAGACUUCGCGUGGAUGUUCACAGCUACAACUAUACCAGUGUUGAUGCUUGUCUACCAGGAACAAGAGUCCCACAAGCAUUAUACAAGAAUCAGAUUCAUAGAUGGUUGAACCAGAGACAAAUUCCUAUUGGGAAGUCAAGGGUUUCGAAAGGGGCAUGGAUCUAUAUUUUAAGAGACAUGAUGGGCAAGCUGUAA